CACGCCAUAGUACAGGAGAUUUGCGUUUCAUUGACUAAGACGUUUGUGUAUAUAAUCCUGCAAGUUUAACUGUUUCGUAGUAAUCUAGUAACGUUUUUUUUGAUUAUCUAACGUCAGUUUUAAUUUGAAUUAUCUCGGAUGUGUUUGAGACGCCGUAUCAAGAAAUCGAAUGUGUAGUAAUCGUUCUUAAUUACGAAUUUAUGUAAUCCUUUAUAUUGAACGUGGACUGACUUUGUUGUUCGUCGAAUGAUGAUUAUCCGCCAAUGACAAAGAUCUGUCCUUAUUUGACCAAUCAAUUUUCACCGAUUUCUCUCUAUCCACGCCCGUUACAUGUCUCAAUUAUUUUCUUGACAACAUUUUUGUCUAUGUCACCAUUCCUCGACACAUUCCGAGUGGAAGGGUUAGUUACACCGAGGUUCCAGAAAUAAUUUUAAACGGGCACGAAGAAAAUUCAAAAUCUACAAGUGAUAUAUACAUAUGUUUUUUUCUUUACUGAGUCCACAUAUAAUAUAGUUAACAAGAUGGACCUGUCGAUACUGAAGGAGUCUACAAUAGUUCACCUGAUGUUUGCUAUAACAUUUUUCACAUCGGGUGUGAUAAUGAAUUUCUUCCAGUGUCUUUUGUACUUUGGCCUCAGGCCUUUAUCCAAAUAUUUUUAUCGGAAGAUUGGCUACUAUCUCUGCUAUGCUUAUUUUAGUCAGAUGGUAUGUAUGGCAGAAUGGUGGUCUGGGUCAGAUUUCGUAUUGUAUGCGGAGAAAGAAGAUUUUGAAAAGUACUUUGGUCGUGAACAUGUGUUACUAUUAAUGAACCAUAGGUUUGAGAUAGACUGGCUCACUGGAUGGGUCUUUUGCGAACGAGUUGGAGUACUAGGUAAUUGCAAAGCAUAUGCAAAAAAGGCAAUACAAUUUAUUCCAACUCUAGGUUGGGGACUCAAAUUUGCUGAAUCUAUAUUUUUAGAAAGAAAUUGGGAAAAGGAUAAACAAAUAAUCGGUAAUCAAAUUGCAGAACUUGGAAAUUAUCCAGAUAGCAUAUGGUUACUUUUGAAUGCUGAAGGAACGCGUUUCACAAAACGAAAAUUAGAAGCCAGUCAAAAGUUUGCCCAAGAAAAGGGUCUUCCAGUAUUAAAGUACCAUUUAACACCGCGAACAAAGGGUUUCACAGCAAGCGUACCGCACAUGCGAGGCAAAUUUCCAGCAAUUUAUGAUGUCCAAUUACAUUUUAACGAAGAUAAUCCGGUGAAACCAACAAUAACAAACUUAUUGUUGGGAAAACGGGUCGAGGGCCAUAUGAUAAUACGAAGAAUUCCAUUGGAAGAAGUACCGGAUGGUGAUGAAGCCGCAGCUGAAUGGUUAUAUAAACUUUAUGAAAGAAAGGAUCGUUUGGCGGAGAGUUUCAUCAAGACAGGUGACUUCUUUGCGAUCAGUGGUGUACCUAGACUAGAUCGUAUGCAAGUGCCCAGGAGACGUUAUAGUCUUAUAAAUACAAUAUUUUGGAUGGUGGUAAUUUUAGUACCAAUGCUUUAUUAUUUGGUCAAACUGUUCUUGUCUGGAUCGACGAUAUAUUUGUUUACUGGUGUCGGUAUUCUUCUCUUAUUUUAUGUACUCAUGCAAAAAACGAUAGGGAUGUCUGAAAUAAGCAAAAGUUCAUCUUAUGGAGCCGAUGAUACAAAAUCGAAGUAAAAGAAAAGGAAGAAAAAUGAAUAAUAAAAGGAAUACACCGUGAGAAAGUCGAUACAUCUUCAGAGGCUAUUGCCGAAUGAGUAUUAUCGUGUUAUCUUUUCGCGUAAUGUAUUCCAUGUGAUUGUCUCUGUACAAAAACCACUUUACGUGACACAUUUAUAAUAGCUUGCGAAAGUAUUUGAGUUCUACACUGUUAAUGGUACUUUUUCAUUUUAGUUUCAUUUUAGUUUCCGUACCUACUUGGACGAACAAAUAGAAUUUCAAACGGAAUCAAGGUUUCGAAAAUUAGUAUUUGAUUAUUCAAGAAUCUUGUUAAAAAAUUGCAUAUUUUAUAAAGAAAAUAAUUGCAACUGGAAAUAAUUUUGUUAUCAAAGUAUCUAUGUUACAUUAACGUUUUCCAUUCAAAUACUUUUGUAAGUAGAUGUAUGUUAUGACUGUGGAUGUAUGUAUAUAAGUAUAUGUAUAGACGCACAUGUACGUAACGACAUACGUUGAGUAUGUCUUCUGAAACAGUCUUCUUGCUAACACUGUACUCAAAUUUACAUUCGUAUUCAUUUUUAAAAUUUUUUGUUUUUAUUUUUCUUGUAAAGCCGUUGUUCUUGUUAAAUAAAUGAUUUAAUCCUA